CUGGGAGCUGAGGAGAAGCUAGCUGGGGAUGGCAUUUGAAGGACUUGUGACUAGAAGAAAGGCGUCCCUUAGCAAGGUAAACGUACGGCACCAUGGCUCAGUUUCCAGCGCCUUUUGGUGGCAGCCUGGAUAUCUGGGCCAUAACUGUGGAGGAGAGAGCAAAGCAUGAUCAACAGUUCCAUAGCUUAAAGCCAAUUUCUGGAUUCAUUACUGGUGAUCAAGCUCGAAACUUUUUUUUUCAAUCUGGGUUACCUCAACCUGUUUUAGCACAGAUAUGGGCGCUCGCUGACAUGAAUAACGAUGGGAGGAUGGAUCAGGUGGAGUUUUCCAUAGCCAUGAAACUCAUCAAACUGAAGCUCCAGGGAUAUCAACUCCCCUCCGCACUUCCCCCCAUCAUGAAACAGCAGCCAGUGGCUAUUUCUAGCACACCAGCAUUUGGUAUAGGAGGUAUCGCCAGCAUGCCACCGCUUACAGCUGUUGCUCCAGUGCCAAUGGGAUCCAUUCCAGUCGUUGGAAUGUCUCCACCUCUAGUUUCUUCUGUUCCUACAGCAGCAGUGCCUCCCCUGGCGAAUGGGGCUCCCCCUGUUAUACAGCCUCUGCCUGCAUUUGCUCAUUCUGCAGCCACAUUGCCAAAGAGUUCUUCCUUUAGUAGAUCUGGUCCAGGUUCACAGUUAAACACUAAAUUACAGAAGGCACAAUCAUUUGAUGUGGCUAGUGCACCCCCAGGGGCAGAAUGGGCUGUUCCUCAGUCAUCCAGACUGAAGUACAGGCAAUUAUUCAACAGUCAUGACAAGACUAUGAGUGGACACUUAACAGGUCCCCAAGCAAGAACUAUUCUUAUGCAGUCAAGUCUACCACAGGCUCAGCUGGCAUCGAUUUGGAAUCUUUCUGACAUUGAUCAAGAUGGAAAACUCACAGCAGAAGAAUUUAUCCUGGCUAUGCACCUAAUUGAUGUUGCCAUGUCUGGCCAGCCCCUGCCACCCGUCCUGCCCCCAGAAUACAUCCCACCUUCCUUCAGAAGAGUUCGAUCUGGCAGUGGUAUAUCUGUUGUAAGCUCAUCAUCGGUAGAUCAGAGGUUACCAGAAGAACCUGCCUUAGAAGAUGAACAGCAACAGCUAGAAAAAAAAUUACCUGUAACAUUUGAAGAUAAGAAGCGUGAGAAUUUUGAGCGUGGCAAUCUGGAACUGGAGAAGCGAAGACAAGCUCUCUUGGAGCAGCAGCGCAAAGAGCAGGAGCGCUUGGCACAGCUUGAGCGGGCAGAGCAGGAGAGGAAGGAGCGAGAGCGCCAGGAGCAAGAGCGCAAAAGACAACUGGAGCUGGAGAAGCAGCUGGAAAAGCAGCGGGAACUGGAGCGUCAGCGAGAAGAGGAGAGGAGGAAAGAAAUUGAAAGGAGAGAGGCUGCAAAGCGAGAACUUGAAAGGCAACGGCAACUUGAAUGGGAACGGAAUCGAAGACAAGAACUACUGAAUCAAAGGAAUAAAGAGCAAGAGGACAUAGUUGUACUGAAAGCAAAGAAAAAGACCUUGGAAUUUGAAUUAGAAGCUCUAAAUGAUAAAAAGCAUCAACUAGAGGGGAAACUUCAAGAUAUCAGAUGUCGCCUGACCACCCAAAGGCAAGAAAUUGAGAGCACAAACAAAUCUAGGGAGCUGAGAAUUGCUGAGAUCACCCAUCUGCAGCAACAAUUACAGGAGUCUCAGCAAAUGCUUGGAAGACUUAUUCCAGAAAAGCAGAUACUCAAUGACCAGCUGAAACAAGUCCAGCAAAACAGCCUGCAUAGAGAUUCACUUCUUACACUCAAAAGAGCCUUAGAAGCGAAAGAACUGGCUCGGCAGCAGCUACGGGAUCAGCUGGAUGAAGUUGAGAAAGAAACCCGAUCCAAGCUGCAGGAGAUCGAUAUUUUCAAUAACCAGCUGAAGGAACUAAGAGAAAUCCAUAAUAAACAGCAGCUCCAGAAACAGAAGUCCAUAGAGGCUGAACGACUGAAAAGGAAAGAACAAGAGCGGAAGAUGCUAGAAUUGGAAAAACAGAAAGAAGAAGCCCAAAGACGAGCCCAGGAGAGGGACAAGCAGUGGCUGGAGCACAUGCAGCGGGAUGACGAGCACCAGCGACCCAGGAAGCUCCAUGAUGAGGAGAAGCUCAAGAGGGAGGAGAGUGUCAAGAAGAAGGACAGUGAGGAGCAGGGCAAGCAGGAGGUGCAAGACAAACUGAGUCGGCUUUUUCACCCACGUCAGGAGCCAGGGAAGCCAGCUGUUCAAGCCCCCUGGCCCACCACAGAAAAAGGCCCCAUCACAUUUUCUGCACAGGAGAAUGUUAAAGUGGUAUAUUACCGGGCGCUGUAUCCCUUUGAAUCCAGGAGUCAUGACGAAAUCACCAUCCAGCCUGGCGAUAUAGUCAUGGUUAAAGGGGAAUGGGUGGACGAAAGCCAGACUGGAGAACCGGGAUGGCUGGGCGGCGAGUUAAAAGGAAAGACAGGCUGGUUCCCUGCAAACUAUGCUGAGAAAAUCCCGGAAAGCGAGGUUCCCGCGCCAGUCAAGCCUGUGGCGGACGCCACCCCCACCACCGCGCCCAAGCUGGCUUUGCGCGAGACCCCCGCUCCUUUGGCUGUGACCUCCUCUGACUCCUCCACGACCCCCAACAACUGGGCCGACUUCAGCUCCACGUGGCCCACAAGCACGAACGAGAAAGCCGAGAGUGAUAACUGGGACGCGUGGGCAGCCCAGCCCUCUCUCACGGUGCCAAGUGCUGGCCAGUUACGGCAGAGAUCGGCCUUUACUCCAGCCACGGCCACAGGCUCCUCGCCAUCUCCUGUUUUAGGCCAGGGCGAGAAGGUGGAGGGGCUGCAAGCACAAGCCCUGUAUCCCUGGAGAGCCAAAAAAGACAACCAUUUAAAUUUUAACAAAAACGAUGUCAUCACCGUGCUGGAACAGCAAGACAUGUGGUGGUUUGGAGAAGUUCAAGGUCAGAAGGGUUGGUUCCCCAAGUCUUACGUGAAACUCAUUUCAGGGCCCAUAAGGAAAUCGACCAGCAUGGAUUCUGGCUCCUCAGAAAGUCCUGCUAGUGUAAAGAGAGUAGCUUCCCCAGCAGGCAAGCCGGCCGUUUCAGGAGAAGAGUUUAUUGCCAUGUACACUUACGAGAGUUCUGAGCAAGGCGAUUUAACCUUUCAGCAAGGGGAUGUGAUUUUGGUUACCAAGAAAGAUGGUGACUGGUGGACAGGAACGGUGGGCGACAAGUCCGGAGUCUUCCCUUCUAACUAUGUGAGGCUUAAAGAUUCAGAGGGCUCUGGAACUGCUGGGAAAACAGGGAGUUUAGGAAAAAAACCUGAAAUCGCGCAGGUCAUUGCCUCCUACACCGCCACCGGCCCUGAGCAGCUGACCCUGGCCCCCGGCCAGCUGAUCUUGAUCCGAAAAAAGAACCCAGGUGGAUGGUGGGAAGGAGAGCUGCAAGCACGUGGGAAAAAGCGCCAGAUAGGCUGGUUCCCGGCUAAUUACGUAAAGCUUCUAAGCCCUGGGACGAGCAAAGUCACUCCGACGGAGCCGGCCAAGUCCGCGGCGUUCCCAGCAGUGUGCCAGGUGAUCGGGGUGUAUGACUACGCCGCGCAGAACGACGACGAGCUGGCCUUCAGCAAGGGGCAGCUCAUCAACGUCCUCAACAGGGAGGACCCCGACUGGUGGAAAGGGGAGGCCAACGGACAGGUGGGGCUGUUCCCCUCCAACUACGUGAAGCUGACCACGGACAUGGACCCCAGCCAGCAAUGGUGCUCAGACCUGCAUCUGCUGGACAUGCUGACCCCCACCGAGCGGAAGCGGCAAGGCUACAUCCACGAGCUCAUCGUCACGGAGGAGAACUAUGUGAACGACCUGCAGCUGGUCACCGAGAUCUUUCAGAAACCCCUGAUGGAGUCUGAGCUGCUGACAGAAAAAGAGGGUGCUAUGAUUUUUGUUAACUGGAAGGAGCUGAUUAUGUGUAAUAUCAAACUACUGAAUCCACUCCAGGCUGGCCAGCACCAAGAAGCCGUCAACAGCGCAGGCAGCUACAGCAUCAGGCUGGCCAUGGACCCCCGGUGCAAAGGGAUGCCCCUCUCUAGCUUUAUACUGAAGCCCAUGCAGCGGGUCACCAGAUACCCACUCAUCAUUAAAAACAUUCUAGAAAACACCCCUGAAAACCACCCCGACCACAGCCACUUGAAGCACGCUCUGGAGAAGGCGGAAGAGCUGUGCUCCCAGGUCAACGAAGGGGUGCGGGAGAAGGAGAACUCCGACCGGCUGGAGUGGAUUCAGGCUCACGUGCAGUGUGAGGGCCUGUCUGAGCAACUUGUGUUCAACUCGGUGACCAACUGCUUGGGGCCACGCAAGUUUCUGCACAGUGGGAAGCUCUACAAGGCCAAGAGCAACAAGGAGCUAUACGGCUUCCUCUUCAACGACUUCCUCCUGCUCACCCAGAUCAUCAAGCCGCUGGGCUCCUCCGGCACCGACAAAGUCUUCAGCCCCAAAUCCAACCUGCAGUACAAGAUGUACAAAACACCCAUUUUCCUCAACGAGGUUCUGGUGAAGUUACCCACCGACCCGUCUGGGGACGAGCCCAUUUUCCAUAUUUCCCACAUCGACCGCGUCUACACCCUGCGGGCCGAAAGCAUAAACGAAAGGACUGCAUGGGUGCAGAAGAUCAAAGCCGCUUCCGAGCUCUACAUAGAGACGGAGAAGAAGAAGCGGGAGAAGGCAUACCUGGUCCGUUCCCAAAGGGCCACAGGCAUCGGGAGGCUGAUGGUGAAUGUCGUUGAAGGCAUCGAGCUGAAGCCCUGUCGCUCCCACGGGAAGAGCAACCCCUACUGCGAGGUGACCAUGGGAUCCCAGUGUCACAUCACCAAGACCAUCCAGGACACCCUGAACCCUAAGUGGAACUCCAACUGCCAGUUCUUCAUCAGAGACCUGGAGCAGGAGGUUCUCUGCAUAACCGUGUUUGAGAGGGACCAGUUCUCUCCAGACGAUUUUUUGGGCAGGACGGAGAUCCGCGUGGCCGACAUCAAGAAGGACCAGGGAUCCAAGGGCCCGGUGACCAAGUGUCUCCUGCUGCACGAGGUCCCCACGGGAGAGAUUGUGGUCCGCUUGGACCUGCAGUUGUUUGAUGAGCCCUAGGGGGCCCGAGGCGCUCGGCCAUCCCAGCGCGGCCAGAGCUGUCUGGAAGCACAGUCGCUCAUCUGCCAUCAGGACGUGGUAUCUGGCCACAGGGCGACUGGCCAGCUCAGACAGGCCUCUCAGAGCUCCUAGGAAUCACUCUGACAAUCCACCCUGCACCCUGACAACUUCCCACUUUCAGAGACAAAGCUGUGUUUUCCCUCGCUGGUCUCCUCUCGGCUCUAGGCUUCCGCGGGGAGCCUGACCCAGCCCAGGGCUGGAGACGUGGGUCUGGUCACUGUACAAUAGACUUAUGAAUGCGACGUCUGUGUUUCUGGGCUCUCACGUCACCCUCCUAGUUCUUACCUCUCCCAGCGCCCAGGCCAGCCCCUUGUCCUUCGUGUGGACACGGGUGGCGAUCCCGUCGUUGCUUCAGAAUCUCACCCCCUGCCAGGGCCUCAUGGGACCUGCCACCCGUGCGAAUCCCUGUGGGAGUGGCCUCCGGAUCAGGCCCUGGGCUAGCUCCUCCGGGGGCUGGUCUGUGGAAGAUUCCAGCAGGUGUUUCGUAAGAACCAUUCCAGUCCCUUCGAGGUCUCUUGUUGAUAGAUGUCAAUGGAAGCAAUCACUUACUACUCUCGGGCCAUGAGUCAGGACUCCCAGCAUGCCGGGAGGUGGGGGGAGAGCCUGAUAGCCACGUGGGUCCCCAAAAGGCUACUUCAUCAGGGGGCUGGGUUCUGGUGGCCAGCCCAGUUGGAAAAUCCUCUGGUCUGGGUUUCUGCGCUGUUUAUGGUGGGCAGCCAGCUCUGAGCCUGUUCUCAAUUGAGUGAGCCUGGCUCGAGCGAGGUUCCUGAGUGCCCCAGGAAGUUUUGGGGGCCGUCUUUGGUACUAUCCUCCCCUCCACAAAGAAUCCCCAAGGUGUGAAAAAUAAAAGUGACAAUCCGGGUGGGUGGAAAGGUGUGAAGGAAAUCUAUCACGGGGUCAGGAGAAGACCCCGGGAGCAGGACCUGAGACUCUUUCCCCUGCCCCCGCCCCCCAUACACAAGCUACCUGUCAGUCAGGGCCACAAGUGCUGCUGUCCAGGGUCGGGGUCACGCCACGUGCCAAGCUGGUUGGUUUGAGUUCUUUGAUUUUUUCCCCCUUAAAUGCUAGGAGAUAGGCUGGUCACGUAGACACUAACCUGACUUGCUAAUGAAAAGUGUGAGUUGUCUUUCGUUUGCAUGCUGGUGUUCUCUUAAUUCCAGGCUGCUGUGGCCACAAGAAGUCCUUUGCAUGUUCCCGGUAGCGGAGUUUAGCCUCUGGGUUAAGCCUCUCACCGUAGGUCCUUAGACGUAGACGUAGCCUCAACACCGAGGAACCGCCCAGGAGGAAGCUGACCACAGACAUGUGCGUCCGCCGAGCUCACUCCUGCUGCAGGCAGCUAGGCAGCUUUUAAAAUGUGUGUGUGCGCGCGUGUGUGUGCAUUGGAAAGGACCAAAAGUUUACAUUUCAUACUUUUAAGAAACACCUUAUUAUUUAUUUAUUGACGAUAGCGUAGAAUUUUGUAUCGAGAACAGACAUAAGUAUUUUUUGAAACAAACAGAUAUAUCCUUUAGUUAGAAACUUCCCUCUCGACUGUCUAGGCCAAGCUGAACUUCAGCCGUGUAGCUGUUUACCCCUAGCGAGCAGAAAACCUGGUGAAAAUACUUUCAGUUUGUGUAUCUUUUUGAUGUCGUGAAGAUCCUUUUAAACAAAAUCUGCAAGUAGGCGCCAACCCCCACCCACCCCCGCUUCUAGCCCCAGCAGCCUGUGUGGGAGUUUAUAACGGCCGUGCCAUCCCUGGGGGACAGUAAGUCCCAAACGCGUGGACGGGAGGUACCGGGCUCACAGUCCGGUCUGUCUCAUGCCCCCUUUUCUUCUUCUGUAACUGUCGGAUGUCACUGCUCAACGGCGCCCUGAUGAACAUCUCAUAGUCCUCUUGUGCCUGGCACCCACGUCGCCCGUAGAAACCCACUAUGGGAGCCAAUGUACCCGCAUAAGCGACGUGAGUCUUUUUUGCCCAAGGGACCAUCCCGAGCAUCUCAGGGAGCCUCCUCCAGGGUGGCGAAUCUAGACCAAUGUCCUUGACCCUCCCGUGUCGUUUCUAAUGUGACCAGUGGCACUGAGGGGUGAGUUAGGGCGGCCCUGGGGAGGGUGAGCUAUGACCCAGGGCCCUGACGGGGGACAUAGGCAUGUGGGGGAUGCGUGGGGCACUUGCUCUGACCACUGUUCCUUCAGGUCUACCUUCGGGCACCAGUUCCCGAGGGCAAUGCCCCGGCCAGGCAGCUCUCUGCUGCUCAGCUCUUGGUCUUCUCAGCCUGGGUCUCUCUGGCCGCUGCACCUGCAUUCUGAUACAGCCUCAGAUGCCCUCUCCCGGCCCCACUGCACCUCGUCCCGCCCCUUGAGGGUCUGUCCUGCCCCCUGGCAGCUCCCUGAGGACAGGCACCCCUGGGGCUGCCCUUCCUAGACCAGCUCUCCUGACCUGGGUCCUUACGCACCCCUCCCCUACCCUGCUGUCGCCUCCCUGGAGGCAGGUAGAGCCUUGUCUCUGUGUCACACCAGGAGUGCUGUGCCUGUAGGUGGCUUGUUCACACCCAGGCUGGCUUGCCUCGGGAAGAGGGACCUUCUAGGCCGAAGUCACCGGGGACCUGAGAAACCAGGUCUUUGAAUGACAAGUCCCGAUGGAUCCACUGAUGGAGAGGUAGCGCUCCCAGAAAGCCUUUCUCUUCUUGAUUCUUUGAACAGCCUAAGCAUGACCCAGGUGUAGAAAAUUAUGGGUUCCAUCUGGUUGAAAUAGCACCAGGUGGAAAAAACUCCAUCAGAAAAUGAGCAAAGUAGCCACUGGUAUUGUCCAUGUUGAUGAGCUGGGAUCCGAGCUGCGGGGUCCUCUGGGGUGGAAGCCGGUGGGGGCACUUCAUGCUGAAGCACCAGGGCUGGGCAACAGCUCACCUGCCCUCCGAGCUGGCCAGGCACUGUCUCUCUGGGGUAGCGCUAGUGCAGCUUAAAGCCAUUGGCUUCAUGGAGCAGAACAUUCUAGAAUCCCAUCGGGAGUGGAGAAUGGAGGAGGUGCUUCUUUUUUGGUGAGAACAUUGGAGAUCUUGGGGUAUACGUCAGAGUUUGCCAAUACUUGACGUGCAGAGAAAAAGAUUUCACACUGCUUCAAAUAGCUUUUUUCUAAUGACCGGGCCUUUUGGAUUCAUGGAAAGAAAAUUAGGAUUGUGACUGGAAAACUUUAAGAAGUUCCUUUGGAGACAGCACGUUGGACUUGCUUUCUAUUAUUUCAUGCUGUUAUCUUAUACCCCUUCUCCGAGGGGCUUGGCGCUGAGCUCUGCAGAGGACGUAAAUGCUUUGGAAUGGGCCUCGGCUGCUUGGAGGUAGCGGGUCAUCUCAGACCUGCGGUUAGUGUGAGGCCAGCGAUGGCUCCCGGCGCACCUGCUUCACCUGUUUACACCACCGUGUGCCAGAAAGUGAGGUGCUGAACACCUACGAGCCGGGAGUUCGUGUGGCUGAGCUCCUGCCACACAGGCGUGUCCGUGACCAAAGACCAGGGACGAGGCGAACCCUCCUGUGCCCUGAGCUGCCCCGGGCGGCGCUGGGCAAAACCCUAAAACUAACACCUGUUUGCAUCAGGGUGGCUGAAAGCCGACCAGGUGCUUCUCCUUGCUGCAGGUCAUGGCCCAGGUCAGCUGUCAAGGCUCACCUGGCCCUGCCCUGAGCCCUCUCUCGUGGGAGCUGCUUCGUAUUGUGUAGACAUAGCUGGAGGGGCACUGUAUUUGGAACUUGUCAUUCAUGCCAGCUGAAAGGAAAGAAAGUUCUAGAACUCCUGUUUCCAUACCCUGCAUGGUGUCAGACCCAGCGCGUGUUUGCUGGUCAUCAGGCUCCGCUAAGGUACGUAACCUGCUCCGACCCAGGGCCAGCACUUCGGGCCGUCCCAGCAGUCCCUCAGCAGGAAUGGGUCGCUCAUUCAGGGACCCCCAUCAGGUCAGGGGGCCCGUGGGGGCUGCCCCUGCGGCCUUCCUGGCCCAAUUGUAGAUGAUUUAAUAACACCUGCUGCUUGUAAACACUCAUCUCCACCCCCGAACAAUUAGCUCAGUCACGCCAGGUCCAGUCAGUUCCAUUAAAAGGAGCCCUCUGACUGCCCUUGGGAGCCCACCACACCCAUACAACAGUCUCGUUCCCCAGUGAUACGCGGCUGUCAUGUGUCAGGGAAAAAUUGCCCCCACGGUGUGUCAGGGUGUUUUGUGAGUCGCGUUUUAAUAGGACUGUCCUGAGUCCACCAGCCUUUCGUGUUGAGAUCGUCUGAAUAAAACUGUUGAGGAGGGGCUUACUUGGUCAGCCUUGAGAGAAUUAAGUGCUUCUCUAAAUUCUCUGAGAAUCCACCAGUGAUUAGGGUUUCUUUUGAUGCUUGGUAGGAAUGCAUUUUUUUUCUUCCAGAAACCUUGGUUUUGUACAUUUUUCUUUUAAAACAAUAACAUUCCUGUGUGACUGUGUUCCUAAAACUAUGCCCGGUGCAUUUCUCCUCUUCUACGCAAAUCCCUUAUUUCCUCCAGUCUGUGUCUGUAAAGACAGGGGUGGAGGGCAAGGAGCGCGCUGGAAGCAGGGGCGAGGCGGGGCGGCUCUUCAGGCCCCAGAGCGGCGGUCACUGCCUCUUACCCGCCGUCUCCGCCAGGGGGCGAUGCUGUGCCCUGGCGGAUCCCGGCCGCAGGUUCCACCCAACUCAGCUGGGACGGCGAGUCUCCCCCGCCCCCUGCAAGUGGGCUGA